UCGGCCCCGGAGCACAGGCGGCGGCCCGGGACGCGUGGGGACAGCCCGCCCCUCCGCGCACCCACUGAGUCCCUCUCUCCCUGUCUUGCCCUAGUCAUGGAAGGGGUGGAGGCGGCAGAGGCCGACUGCUCCGUAGCGUUCGCCGAGGCUCGGAGAUGGGUGGAGGCAAUAACAGAGAAGAAUUUUGAAACAAAGGAUUUUCGAGCCUCUCUAGAAAAUGGUGUUCUGUUGUGUGAUUUGAUUAAUAAGCUUAAACCCGGUGUCAUUAAGAAGAUCAAUAGACUGUCCACACCAAUAGCAGGUUUGGAUAAUAUAAAUGUUUUUUUGAAAGCUUGUGAACAGAUUGGAUUGAAAGAAGCCCAGCUUUUCCAUCCUGGGGAUCUACAGGAUUUAUCAAAUCGAGUCACUGUCAAGCAAGAAGAGACUGAUAGGAGAGUGAAAAAUGUUUUGAUAACGUUGUACUGGCUGGGAAGGAAAGCACAAAGUAACCCCUACUAUAAUGGUCCUUAUCUUAAUCUGAAAGCAUUUGAGAAUCUUUUAGGACAAGCUCUGACUAAGGCACUUGAAGACUCUAGCUGCCUGAAAAGAAGUGGCAGGGACAGUGGCUACGGUGAUACCUGGUGUCCUGAGCGGGGAGAAUUUCCUGCUACUUCAGGCCACCAUAAGAGGGAAGAUUCCUUUGAAAGCUUGGAUUCUUUGGGCUCUCGGUCAUUGACAAGUUGCUCCUCUGAUAUCACAUUAAGAGGGGGACGUGAAGGUUGUGAAAGUGACACGGAUUCUGAAUUUACAUUCAAAAUGCAGGAUUAUAAUAAAGAUGAUAUGUCAUAUCGAAGGAUUUCAUCUAUCGAACCAAAGACUGCCUUACCAUUCAAUCGCUUUUUACCCAACAAAAGUAGACAGCCAUCCUAUGUACCGGCACCCUUGAGGAAGAAGAAGCUGGACAAGAAUGACGAUAACAGAAGAAGCUGGGCAAGCCCUGUGUACACAGAAGCAGAUGGAACAUUUUCAAGUAACCACAGGAGGACUUGGGGCACCAAUGUGGAGAACUCUUCAAACUCCUCUUGUUAUUUGGAAGAAGAAGACAAGACAAGAAACCUACCCAACAUUGUAAAGGAUGAUCUUUAUGUGCGAAAGCUAAGUCCAGUCAUGCCAAACCCAGGGAAUUCUUUUGAUCAGUUUCUUCCCAAAUGUUGGAUCCCUGAAGAUGUGAACUGGAAAAGAAUAAAAAGGGAAACUCAUAAACCAUGGUAUAAGGAAUUUCAGGGAUUCAGUCAGUUUUUGUUACUUCAGGCUCUCCAAACAUACUCUGAUGACAUCUUGUCUUCUGAAACAAAUAUCAGAAUUGACCCCACCUCAGGCCCAAGGCUCAUAACACGCAGAAAGAAUCUCUCCUGUGCACCAGGCUAUAGAAGAGAUGACCUGGAGAUGUCAGCCCUGGAUCCUGACUUAGAGAAUGAUGAUUUCUUUGUCAGAAAGACUGGGGCUUUCCACGCAAAUCCGUGUGUUUUCCGAACUUUUGAAGACUUUAGAAGGCUCUCUGAGCAAGAUGAUCCUGUAGAGCGAGAUAUAAUUUUGCAGUGUAGAGAAGGUGAACUUGUACUUCCAGAUUUAGAAAAAGAUGAUAUGAUUGUUCGUCGAAUUCCAGCACAGAAGAAAGAAGUGCCUCUGUCCGGGGCCCCAGACAGAUACCAGCCAGUCCCUUUCCCUGAACCCUGGACUCUUCCUCCAGAAAUUCAAGCAAAAUUUCUCUGUGUACUUGAAAGGACAUACCCAUCCAAAGAAAAAAGUAAUAGCUGUAGAAUAUUAGUCCCUUCUCACAGGCAGAAGAAAGAUGACAUGUUGAUUCGUAAGAUCCAGUCUUGGAAAGUGGGAACCACUGUGCCUCCCCUCAGUUUCACCCCGGGGCCCUGCAGUGAGGCUGACUUUCAGAAAUGGAAGUCCAUCCGGGAGGCCAGCAGACUCAGGCACAAGAAACGGCUGAUGGUCGAGAGACUCUUUCAAAAGAUUUAUGGUGAGAAUGGGAGUAAGUCCAUGAGUGAUGUCCAUGCAGAGGAUGUUCAAAACUUGCGUCAGCUGCGUUAUGAGGAGAUGCAGAAAAUAAAGUCACAGUUAAAAGAACAAGAUCAGAAAUGGCAGGAUGACCUUGCAAAAUGGAAAGAUCGUCGGAAAAGUUACACUUCAGAUCUGCAGAAGAAAAAAGAAGAGAGGGAAGAAAUUGAAAAGCAGGCACUUGAGACGUCUGAGAGAAGCUCUAAGACGUUUAAGGAAAUGCUGCAGAACAGGGAAUCCCAAAAUCAAAAGUCUACAAGUACAUCAAGGAGGAGAAUAUAUUCUUUUGAUGAUGAAUUGAUUGAAGAGAAGCUACCCCCUACAAUGAGUAUGUCAGAAGCAAGUUACCAAAGUGAGAGAGUGGAAGAGAAGGGAACAACUUAUCCUGCAGAAAUUCUGAAAGAAGAUUCUACAACUUUUAUAAAAAGGGAAGACGCUAUAACAGCUGAAAUUCAGCUUCCUUCCAGAAGCCUCGCAGAAGAACAAUAUCCAGCCUCUUUGUCUUCUCAGCAUUCAUUGAGGACACAAAUGGAGUCAACUCGUGUUUCAGCUUCUCUCCCCAGAAGUUACCAGAGAACUGACACAGCCAGGUUAACAUCUGUGGUCACACCGAGACCUUUUGGCUCUCAGUCAAGGAGAAUCUCAUCACUCCCCAGAUCCUACACGAUGGAUGAUUCUUGGAAGUACAAUGGAGAUGUCGAAGGUGUUAAGAGAACUCAGAACAGUUCAUUCAGCACCUUUGCCCCCAAACCUGACACCAGCCAGCUUGCUUCGAGUUCCUCUAGUGGGAGAGAGGCCUCAGAAGGUGUGGUGAGGUUGCCCUCUCCUACACCCCUCUUGUCAUCUCUUUCCCAGGACAAGGCUGCCACUUCUACAGCCACACUGUCUUUGACAUCUGGCCCUAAUUUCAUGUCUGAGUCUGGAGAAGGGAGAAACACACCCCAAAGAGAGGUCUCAAGAUCACAGGAUCAGUUCAGUGAUAUGAGAAUCAGCAUAAACCAGACACCCGGCAAGAGUCUUGACUUUGGGUUUACAAUAAAAUGGGAUUUUUCUGGGAUCUUCAUAGCAUCAGUUGAAGCAGGUAGCCCAGCAGAAUUUUCUCAGCUACGGGUAGAUGAUGAGAUUAUUGCUAUUAACAACACCAAGUUUUCAUAUAAGGAUACAAAAGAGUGGGAGGAAACCAUGGCUAAUGCUCGAGAAACUGGAAACCUAGUAAUGGAUGUCAGGCGCUAUGGAAAGUCUGGUUCACCUGAAACUAAGUGGAUUGAUGCAACUUCUGGAAUUUACAACUCAGACAAGUCUUCAAAUCUAUCAGUAACAACUGAUUUCUCUGAAAGCCUUCAGAAUUCUAAUACUGAAUCCAAAGAAAUCAAUGGAAUUCAUGAUGAAAUCAACACUUUUGAAUCAAAAGCAUCUGAACCCAUUUCUUUGAAAAACUUAAAAAGGCGAUCACAAUUUUUUGAACAAGGGUCAUCGGGCUUUUUUUACAGUUCAUGGGUCUACCUCUGUGGUAAUGGGUCUUUGUGUGUCCUUUGUAUACUUCUAAAGAUUGAAAAAUAUCAACGUGAGCAGGAGAAACUGAGGGAAGAGUGGCAAAAGGCUAAACAGGAGGCUGAGAAAGAGAAUUCCAAGUACUUGGAUGAGGAACUGAUGGUCCUAAACCCAAACAGCAUUUCUCUGACCACACGGGAGCCCAUGGUUGCCACCUGGGAUGAAGGGUCCAAGUCUUCCGACAGGGAAGGAACCCGGGCAGGAGAGGAGGAGAGCAGACAGCAGCAGGAGGAAGCUGUUCGUGAGGACCACAGAAAGAAGCUGCAGGAACAACUCCUGCUGGAGCAAGAGAGGAAGCUGAAGGAGCAGCAGUAUCAGGAAGAGCAGGAGCAGACGUGGCGUCAGGCCGAGGCGGAGAGAGAGAGGGAAACGUCAGUCAAAAUAUACCAGUAUAGGAGGCCUGUUGAUUCCUAUGAUAUACCAAAGAGAGAGGAAGGUUUGCUUCCUAAUGACAGGACUAAAUCCAUGUCUACUACUGAACUGGAUGGUUACCCUGCAAAUAAAAAUGGAAGCACUAAAUAUUUAGACAAAAUUGGAAGCACUAGCUCUCCACAGAAGAGCUCCAAGAAAGAACAAGUCCCAUCCGAAGCAGAGUUGGAGAGACAGCAAAUCCUUCAGGAAAUGAGGAAGAAGACGUCCCUUCACAAUGACAAUAGCUGGAUCCGCCAGCGCAGUUCCAGCAUAAAUAAGGAGCCGAUUUGUCUGCCUGGGAUUAUGAGAAGAGGUGAAUCUCUAGAUAACUUGGACUCCCCGAGAUCCAGUUCUUGGAGACAGUCCCCAUCGCUCAAUCAGUCUACAGGAUCCUGUGCUUCUUCCUCCACUCAAGACGUCAGUCGCCCCCCACGUCGGGUGCUGUCCUACAUGCGGAGCCCGCCGCAGGGCUCUCAUUCAACUGGCCCUGUGGAGAUCAUCCCCGCAUACAGAGCCACCACCCAGGCCCCUGCCGUGAGCAGACCUCCGCUUUUAGUCUCACAGUCAGGCUCCCAGCCACGUAACAGUGUGUGGUCUGUGAGCGUGCCCUCGGAUUCUCUUCCUCAGGAUCUGAAGUCAGAAUCAGGGAUGACCAACUGUACUGCAACAACUGCUAUCUCAGACUCCAAUCUGGACAGCCAACUGCCAUGUGAUGUAAGCCUCCAUACGAAAGCACUGUUGGAGAUAGAAGAAGAGGUGGUUGCUGCUGAUGUAGAUCUAUAAUUAUGUGUUGUAUGUCUUUUUUGCUCUUUUUUAAAACAUAACUUUUUUUUUUUUUUUUUUUUUUGCCUCUUUGGAUUACAUAGGACCAUUGUAGUCUUGAUAGAACCUGUUAUUUUUGUUGUGUAUUUAUAAGAAGGUAAUUAUGUGUGGGGAAAAGUGAAGUAUUUACUUUUUGAAUGCAGCAUCUUAAAAUCACAAGGGAAAAAAUAAGAACUGAAAAAUGUUUUUGAGGCUGAUAUGAUCUAGUUUGACUUUCUAGUGAUGUUUCGAAGAGGGUAUUUUAUUGUGUUUUUUAAAGGUUCUUAAACACUAUCUGAAAUAGUUAAUAUAAUUGUGUAAUUGCUUUUGCUCUGCUUAUUGUAACGUAUACUAAAUUAAUGCAGAACCACAUGGAAAAUUUCAUUAAAAUUCACUCCCAAAUUUGCUUUCUGCAUCCUUCUUUCCACCUACAUAAUAUGAUUUUUAAAAUUUACCUUAUGUAACAUGUUAUUUGCUUGAUGAAGGGAGCUCUAUUUUCUUCACCGGAAUUGUUGCUAAGCAAUUGCCAAUAGAAAACUGCUUAUUUUUAUUAAUGACAAAUAACCAUGGCUUGUAUACCACAAGUUUUCCCCAGAAACUAGUGAGCCUUUCUGUUCAGCUGCAUUUGUAAAUAAACUUGCUGGUGCAUUUAA